AUGAGGAGAAGAGAGAGGAUGCAUCAAGAGUCGCGCAGCGAGAAGGUGCUGAAGCUCUUCGGGGUGAGGAUUUUGUGCGAUGACAGUAGGGGGAAGGAGGCGGCGGAGGACAUGAAGGAGUUGAGUAGGAAGAGCUGCGAUGCCAGUAGCAGGAAGGAGGAGGUGAGUAUUCUGUGCGAUGACAGUGGCGGGGAGGUGGCGGCGGAGGAGGCCACCGAAAGCAGUGCCGGCGACAAUGGAUACCUCUCCGGCGGCCUCUUCCAGUCCUCUCGGAGAUGCCGCGGGCGGGAAAGGAAGAGAGGCGUGCCUUGGACAGAAGAAGAACAUCGGACAUUUCUAGCUGGUCUUAAAAUGCUUGGUAAGGGGGAUUGGAAAGGAAUAUCAGAAAAUUUUGUUACCACUAGAACUCCAACUCAGGUAGCCAGUCAUGCUCAGAAAUAUUUCCUUCGGCAGAGUAAUUUGAAUAAAAAGAAGCGCAAGUCCAGUCUUUUUGAUAUCGGGAUAGGUGACCUAACUCCUGCAUCCGAAACUUCUACCCCACCAUUAUCAUUUAAAAGACCUUGUGAAGUUACAGAAGAGAUUUAUCAUCAUCUCCAAGAAAGUUAUACGGAAAAACUCCCAGUUUUUAUUACAACCCAAGCUGCGUCGGAAGGUACAGAGGCGUCCCUUACCUUGCCUUUGAUCAAAGACUCGAGAGAAGCAGCAAGCAUUCACAAUAUCAACCACAUGUCAUUGCUGGUAAAUGGGUUUCAGCAGGUGGGAAUCUCUGGCAACUCGAUGGACCAGCUUGUCUCGAUCAUAUUUGUAACUUCUCUACUGAAUAUUUCCAACCAGGCAUUUCCUUCAUGCCAAGCCAGCUCGAUUGCAUGUGCCCCAGAUUUCUACAAAGUACCCUCUAGUUCGCCGAUCCAGCCACACCCACACUACCCAACUCAGUCUGCUAUUUCUCCAAUAUUAGAAAACAACAAUUUGGAGCUCAACAUUAAUUGCACCACCUCAGCCUCACAGCCUGACCAAAUUAUCUUCACCAAAGGCAGCAGGAGUAGUUAG